GCUCUUCUUAAGGUGAAAGACGAAGAAAUAUUAGACGACAUUCCUUCUGUGAAGGCCUCCAUAAACGUAAACGUAUCGUCACCCAUUCCAGUAAAAUCCUGCGAUUCCCAAACCCUGAAGACAAGAAGAUGGAGGACAUCAUCAGCCAAAUUGCAAAUGCUGAGGCUACCAUAGCAAGAGCCCGGUCACUGAAAGCAAAGUUUGCCACAGAACGUUGUGAAAAUCCUGUGGAGAAGGAGGAUCUAGAGACGUUUGUCAGUUGUCUUCUGGAACAGCCUGAAGUGCCAAUCAUUGGAGCAGGCAGAGGGGUGGCCGGCGCGAUCAUCCACAAGAUGUUUGUGAAUGCUCAGAGGCUGACUGAAUCUUCUGAUGAGGCUGCCACCCUGGGCCCACUGGAAGAAGAUCUGAAAAAGUCCAGUUUACCAGAAGACAGGAAGGUUAUGUCUGGAACAGAUUUCCCUCCCCCUGCAGGCCGGGAAGUCAUCCUGCGCACUAUGGUUCCAAGACCCGCCCCCUAUUCCAAGGCCCUGCCCCAGCGCAUGUACAGUGUACUGACGAAGGACGAUUUCAGACUAGCUGGAGCUUUCUGCUCUGAUACAUCCUUCUUCUGA